AUGACUCUCAUUACUACUCCUGGGGCGCCUUUGCUCGCAGGUGUCUUUCUCUUUGUCAUCGCAAGUUACACUCUGGCAACAUCACUAACAUCACCGUUACGCCGCUUGGCCGGUCCUUGGUACACCCAUUUCACUCACCUGGUACUCAAAUACCACAUUGUCACUGGUAACAGGAUACACUAUGUUCAUUCACUUCACCAGAGAUACGGUCCUGUCGUCCGCCUCUCCCCCCAUGAGGUAUCUAUAAGCGACGCAGAAGCUGUCGCUGCAGUGCACAAGAUUGGCGCAGGAUUCCUCAAGUCAGCUUGGUAUGAUGGCAUCACCCCCGGUCGUGAACCUGGAAUCUUUGCCAUGCGUGAUCCUCAUCAGCAUUCAGCUCGGCGAAGACUGUUUGCUCGCGCUUUCAGUAACGGCUCCUUGCUCACCAAUUGGGAGCCCGAGAUCAGGCAAAAGACUAGCCUUGCAGUUCAAAAGAUCAAACAGGAUGCUCUUGGAGCUGGUGCUGAUGUUUUCAAGUGGUGGACACUUAUGGCCACAGAUGUGAUCGCUCAUCUGUCUUUUGGAGAGUCAUUCCACAUGCUGGAACAAGGCAAGCAAACGCAAUACAUCGAUUCAAUACAGUUGGCCAUGAUAAACAGUGGCAUCAGAACUGAGCUUUCGUGGAUCUACCCUUUUCUGAAAUUCAUCCCUUCCCAGGGUCUGAAGACGCUACUGAAUGCCGACAACGUCGUUUACGAUCACGGCACUGUAGCCGUCAGGAAUAUGCAGAGUGCCGGAGACGGACUAAGCAGGGCCAAUCUGUUUAGUCAGAUGGUGGCUGAAGCAGAUGGGCAAGAAAAGACAACACUCACAGCGUCAGGUGUACAAGCAGAAGCAGGUAACCUCAUCAUUGCUGGAUCAGAUACGACAGCUGUCACUUUGACAUACCUUGUCUGGGCUAUUAUCAAGCAACCCCAGCUACAAGCCCAGUUAGAGGCUGAGGUUUGCUCGCUCAGUGAUGAGUUGACAUUUGACGAACUCAAGAAUGCGCCAAUCUUGAACAGCAUUAUCGACGAGACACUUCGACUAUAUGGUGCAGCACCUGGUGCACUUCCGCGUGUUGUGCCUAGCAAGGGUGCUACCCUUGCCGGUCAUUAUCUUCCAGGGGGUACUGUUGUCAGCACACAAGCAUAUACUGUUCAUCGUGACGAGAACAUCUGGCCUGACGCACUAAGAUUUGACGGUUAUCGAUUCAUGGACAAGUCCAAAGUGACAACUGUACAAAAAUCAGCGCUAUCGCCGUUCGGAGCUGGCUCUCGAAUUUGUAUCGGCAUGCACUUGGCUUACAUGGAACUAAGGCUUGGAGCUGCACUAUUCUUCCGAGAGUGCCGUGGGGCGAAACUUGGCGUGGAGAUGACUGACGAUAUGAUGGCGAUGGAAAACCACUUUUUGAUUGCACCCAAAGCUCAUAAAUGUAUAGUCAAGCUAUAG